GACAUCAGUUUCGAGUAAGCAGUGGCAACAGUUAUUACAUUCAGAAUGAAGGUAUUGCUUCUGUUAGCUGCUCUCCUGGGCGUCACUCUAGCUAUUGACUACUGUGCCCUGCCCACUUGCCUGGACAAGCACAUUGCCUGCAACAACAAGGGAAACUACAGCGCAGAAUGUCCCAAGGAUGUGCGUGAAGUCAAAAUAGACUCUCAUCAAAAGCUGAUCCUCAAGCUUUUCAAUGAGCUACGCAACAAUGUGGCUGGUGGAAAAAUAGAGGGCUUACCCAAGGCAGUGCGCAUGGCCAAGAUGACCUGGUGCGAAGAGCUUACUCACUUGGCGCUGUUCAAUGUGAAGACGUGCCAAUCAUUGCCAGACAAGUGUCGCAGCACUGAGCGGUUUGCUUAUGCUGGCCAGAACAAUGCCAUCUUCAGUUACAGUGGCGCCGAGACGGAGUAUUCCGAUGCAGAGAUUAUCAAGGAGCAAAUCGAGAAAUGGUUUGCUGCACGCAUCAAUGCAUCCCCUGAGAUUCUAUCCAGUUUCCCUCAGGAGUUGCCCAACAAGAGCGCGGCACAGUUCACAAUUGCCGUCUCUGAAAAGAACACACAUCUUGGAUGUGCGGCAGUGCGUUUCUCCAAGGAUUACUACAAUCACUUUGUGCUGACCUGCAACUUCGCCACAUCCAACAUUAUUGGACAGCCCGUGUACACUCCUGGCGAUAAGGCCACCUCCGGCUGCAAGAAUCGCUUUGGCGCUGCCUUUGACUACCCCAAUCUGUGCUUUGCCAAGGAGAUCUACGACAACGAGAAGAUCGUUCCCGAUAUUAAACUGUACGAGUAGACUAAAGCUAGUCAAAUUCUAUAGUUAAUUGCCAUGAUUUGUAAACUGAGAUGUAAUAGGAAAGCUUGAAUUGUUAAUAAAAACAUUAAUUUUAAAC